ACAUUUAGUACUAACGACUAAAUGACUUUAUCGCGCGUAUCCAAACCAUGGGCUAAUUACGUCUGUAACCCAACCACCCCUCGUAACCCAAUCACCCCGGGCCACCACUCGGCACCGUGCCCGGGGAAUAAUCCCGCGCAAGCAUCAUCCCCUCUUUGUUAGUCGGUCAUUCGCGUUCAAACCUUCCCCAGUACACACGUGUGUCACUGUCUAUAAACGCUUUCUUUCGCUUUGGACGUUUCUUUUGUACCCAGUCGCGACCGUUUUGUCGAUUACGCUUCGAAUACCAUCUAUUCCAACACUCGCCGUAUCGCAUUUACACAAUCGCGACCGUUUCGCCGAUUACGCUUUAAAUACCAUCUAUUUUCAGCACUCGCCGUAUCGCAUUUAUUCCGUUCUACUCCCGAACUUCACCCUCGGGACAAUUUACGCUUGUGGAAUACCAACUCACCACCUCGACCUUUCGUGAUGCCUCCCAAGAGAAGAGCAACCGUCAACCACAAGCUGGUGAGGGGAGCCAAGCAGCCCAGGACAACCAGAAGACAAACCCCGGGAGUACACAUUGUACAGGAGGCAACAGCCGAUGGUGAGUCUGCCAAUCACGGCAAUAUCGAAGGUGGCAACAGAAUUAACGUGCAAUCGGCGCAGCUUGUAAAUGCCGCACAGGCUGCCAACUCGGCUACCCAGGUAAACGAGCAACUGGAAAAAAUACUCCAGUUGCUGGAACAUUCAGCGCCUGGCCCGGUUAGCGCAAACCAACAGGUAAGGCGUGGUUUUAGUUCGCCCGCCAUUUCGCCCAACAUAGGGAGAAUCCCCGAUGCCCUCAACGAGGCCGACGGUGACGCGGCUUGGCCAGCCAAUCACACCACAGGAUACGGGGAUUCCCUUUCUUUCCGUGCGGACGGGAUAGACGCGCACGUCAAACAACAGGUGAGGGAAAAAAUCUGGCGUGGCGAGUAUGUCGACCUCGGCACAAUACUACCAAACAACGAGGGAGGUCACGAGGACGGUACGAUUACCAUGGCGUACGACUCCUCAGUAGGCACUCCGAGGUCCGCACAACCCAGGGGUUGCUGUCCUACAUGGAAACCAUACGGACGGCGGCGCUUCGAUUCGGGGGGGAUGCCUGGUCAACCUACGACCAACAAUUCCGACACAGAAUGUCAAGGGACCCCUCACGACGCUGGGACAACAUCGACGGGGAGUUGUGGCUGAAGUACAUGGUAACACAGCCGGUACGUCAACCAGAAUCAGGCGGACGGGGCGCAAUGACACGCGUACAGGGGGACAUCGCCAGUCAGGUAUGCUGGGAUUUCAAUAAAUUUGGCUGUAGCAGGGUUAACUGUAAGUACAC